CACAUAUACGAGACCAAAGGCUACUACCAGAUGCGUCUCUUCGGCUUCAACAAACUGUCCCAGAGUAACUACACCGUCAAUGCGACUGUGACUUCGAUCCCUUGCACGCCUCCGAUUCUGUACCUCAAGGACAGGGCCACGCUCUUCUGGGAGCCGAAGACCAUUUGGCGGUCGAUGGAGCUACGGGUCGAGUCGGUCUGCAAGUUGGUCUGCAACUCGACCCUCUACACGGAGAAGUUCUGGACGGGCAUCGGCAUCGACGAGGAAUGGGGUUACGAGCUGGAAAGCGUGGAUAUGCAGGGAUGGGACUGCAGAACGAAGUCUAUCCUCACAGUGCCCCCUCUGACACUUAACUAUGGCACUUACAGGUUCACUUACACUGUCCGCAUCACAGGCGACCCGUCCGACCCCCUCGACGUCUCGCAGCCCUUCGUCAGGAGCGUCUACACCUUCGUCAGGAUCACGAGGUCGCCGCUGGUCGUCAUGAUGAACAAAGGGGGCGUGUCCAUGAUCACCCUGGGGUACAACCAGACCAUCAUCAUCAACCCGGGGGAGUUCUCGUAUGAUCCCGAUUGGCCCAAUGAUAAGGCCUUCAUCUUCGAGUGGUACUGCUACCGCAUCGCCCCGGAUAACGAGACGAUACCACGUGACCGACGCAACUUCCCGAUAACCGACCAGAUCUCCAACCCGAUCAUGUCACCCGACGACAUCUACGACUACUACUGGGACAACACGACCAACACUUCCGUCCCGGUGGAGAAGCCCGACUUCGGAGGAUGCUUCGGCGAGGACCAGGAUCUUAUUGUUAUGAUCCUUCUACAUCCACCACCAGGACGAAUCAACAUCACGGGCGGACUCCUGGAGCUCAACACCAUGCAACUGCGCGCGACCAACUGCACGUACCGUUUCUGCGCCGUCAUGUACAAGGAGUUCCCGUCGGUGCGCACGGAGGGGCAGUGGGACAGGGAGCCGAGGAAGGCAGAGGGGUGCAUGAAUGUGGGCGUGGUCCCGGGGUCGCCGCCCCUCGUCGAGAUCAAGUGCCAGGUGCCGAAGAUGUGCCGAAUCACCGACAGGGGCACCAUCAUCAACCCCAACAGCAGAGUGGCACUGAUGGGUUCCUGCGCCGAUCUGUGUUGGGGGAACCUCCUGUACUCCUUCAAGAUAUAUGCCGUGAAAGGAGGGGAGCCGGAGAGGAUUGAGAACGACGUCGACUACAUGAUCGGCCACACCAAACCCAACAUGGUCAUCGUCAAGAAACUCUUCACAGACUUCCCCGACGUCUUGGAGUUCCACAUCAAAAUGGGCGUCGUGAGGGUGAUGGACGGCGAGGUGGGCGUCGGCACCAUGUUCCUGCUGAUCAACACCCCGCCCGAGGGAGGAACCUGCACCCUCCAUCCCCCGCCUAACAGGGUCCUGGCCGUCGACGGGGACACGCCCAUCGAUCCGGAGACAGGCUUCCCCCUCCGAGAAGGACGCACACUGACAGAGAACUUCUACUGCGAGUGUAAGGGCUUUUACGACCAUCAGAAGGACAAGAUCGCCAAAUACAGCUUCUUUUUGAAGAACAACGAAUGGGGUUACAUCAAGAACCUCAAAUUCGGCAUCGACAGCAAGGACAAGUUCGUCUUUCCCUUUGGCAACUGGACUUUCUGGGUGACCAUUGAGGACGAGUUCGGGGCUGCGAGGGAUUACUUUAUUGCUGGGUUCUCGGUAGGCUUCCCCCUCCGAGAAGGACGCACACUGACAGAGAACUUCUACUGCGAGUGUAAGGGCUUUUACGACCAUCAGAAGGACAAGAUCGCCAAAUACAGCUUCUUUUUGAAGAACAACGAAUGGGGUUACAUCAAGAACCUCAAAUUCGGCAUCGACAGCAAAGACAAGUUCGUCUUUCCCUUUGGCAACUGGACUUUCUGGGUGACCAUUGAGGACGAGUUCGGGGCUGCGAGGGAUUACUUUAUUGCCGGGUUCUCGACCUCCCUUCCUUCUCGGCUCGAAUACGAAGCUUGGAAAGAGAAGAAGGAGAUCUUGAGAGCUUCUGGAGAGGGAGAUCAGGCCAGGCUCAACCAGCUCCUCCAGGCCAGGACCUCCAUCAAAGGCAUCACGCUCGAGGAUGAGCCUUGGGAGACGACCACAACGACCCCUGUACCGACCUACGCCCCAGACGAUAUCAUAGAGACGACCACGAUGGACCCCGAGGAGCUCGCGAGGAUCCGGGCGGAGCAAGCAGCCAAACUGGCCGAGGAACAGACCGAGGCAGCCGAGGAGAUCAAUUCCAUGAUGUCACAGCUGGAGAUGAUCAACACAGACACCCUCUCGGACUGCACACAGCUGUUCUCGACGGUGUCUUCGAUCGUCGGGGACGGGAAGACGGUGGAUAUUAAGGGGAAGGACCUGGCUACGAAACAGGUAACAGGGACUUGCCUCACAAAGGUGCUGCUGAACAUGACCAUCAGCGACCCAGCGGAACCAGAAGCCUUUGUGAGCAACAGCAUGCAAUCCAUUUCCUCUAUGACAACGGUAAGAACAUCAAAAGAUCAUGGGAUGGCUAAGUCGCAAUUGGUGAAAUAUAAGCGUGUUUUAAAAGCUUUUCUCGUGAAAGGCUAUAUUAAUCUUAUCUGA